AUGAGGAUGGACACAAAUAAUUUCACAGUAUAUUUGGUGACUGUUGCCUUCCUGAUUCACGUGACCUUGCAAGGAGAACACCAGCGGCGUCUUUAUAAGGACCUCAUGCAGAACUAUAACCCUUUAGAGAGACCUGUGUACAACGACUCUCAGUCGCUGACUGUCCACUUUAGUUUCAGCCUUAUGCAGAUCAUGGAUGUGGAUGAGAAGAAUCAGGUUUUAACAACCAACAUCUGGUUACAGCUGUACUGGGUGGACUAUUAUCUGCGAUGGAACAUGAGCGAGUACCCUGGAGUGUCCAGUGUAAGGUUUCCUGCUGAUCAGAUCUGGACUCCUGACAUUCUCCUCUAUAACAGUGCUGAUGAGAGGUUUGAUGCUACUUUUCAUACCAGUGUGCUGGUCAACUCAUCUGGCUACUGCGGAUAUCUACCCCCAGGAAUUUUUAAGAGCACCUGCUACAUUGAUGUGCGCUGGUUCCCCUUUGAUGUUCAACGGUGUGCUCUGAAGUUUGGAUCUUGGACAUAUGGAGGCUGGUCUCUGGAUCUGCAGAUGCUGGAAGCCGAUAUCACAGGUUACAUCGCCAAUGGAGAGUGGGAUCUAGUGGAGGUUCCUGGACGGAGGAACGAAAAGUUCUAUGACUGCUGUAAAGAGCCGUACCCCGACAUUACCUUUACACUGGUGAUGAGGAGGAGAACACUCUACUAUGUCCUGAACCUGCUCAUCCCCUGUGUGCUCAUCUCUAUCCUCGCACUACUAGUGUUCCUGUUGCCUGCUGACUCCGGGGAAAAGAUCUCUUUGGGAAUCACUGUAUUGUUGUCACUGACUGUCUUCAUGCUUCUGGUGGCUGAAAUCAUGCCAGCAACGUCAGAUUCAGUGCCUUUGAUUGCUCAGUAUUUUGUCACCACUAUGGUGAUUGUUGGGCUGUCAGUCAUUGCUACAGUGCCUGUGUUACAGUAUCAUUACCAUGAUCCAGAGGGUGGCAAGAUGCCAAAGUGGAUGCGUGUGGUGCUGCUAAACUGGUGUGCCUGGUUCCUGCGUAUGCAACACCCAGGUAAGCAUCAGGUCCGCUCAGCCUGCCACAACAAACCUCUUCACAGAGGCAGUGUGUCCAGUGUUGAGCUGUGUGUUGACCAGAGGACAAUGAAGACCUCGAACACCAACACACACUACGUCGAUUUCGGGGGCACAGACGAAGUUCGCUGCUCCAGCUCAGCUGAGUCGGGACUGAUUUGUGGUCGCUUUACACAAGCCAAUGAAGAGGAGGUAUUGCUGUCAGGGGCCACAUUGGCACCAUUAGGAGCCAGGGUCAGAGACGGGCACACCAGAGGUAUUGUAGAAGGGCAUGGAGUGACUGAUUUAGCAAAGAUUUUAGAGGAAGUGAGGUAUAUCACAAGGAGAUUUCAAAACCGAGAUGAAGAUGAAAGCAUGCGCAGUGAGUGGAAGUUCGCAGCAGCAGUUAUCGAUCGUAUGUGUCUAAUGGCGUUCUCGUUCUUCACAAUACUCUGCACUUUUGGCAUUCUUAUGUCCGCUCCUAACUUUGUGGAGGCGAUCUCGAAAGACUUCAGUUAGUAGAAAGAGCCAUAUACACUCAUACACUCAGACUUAUUUUGAGUUUUUCUUAUACACGCACUACUACGGUUUUGUAAAACACCGUUACUAACACAAUACUAACAGGAGCAGUCAGUGAAAGUGUUUUUUUUGUGACUAGUGGGUUUAUACAUACAGGUGAAAAACAUGCAGGUUCAAAUGCAGUAUUUUUCAAAAUAAUCUCUAGUACCACAUCUGUGCAUAUGUACCACAUGCUGCAAAUGUCC